AUGCAGGAGCCAGGCUCUCCCUCGGGCCCCGGGCUGACCCCAAACCUCCGGAAGACCCGGAGGGAUCGCACCGUGUACCUCAAGGAACAGCUGCAGGAGCUGGAGAGACAUUUCAUGACGAACCAGUACCCUAGCUACCAGGAACGCUUGGCCCUGGCGGCCAGGCUCCAUCUGGAGGAGCACCAAGUGCAGGUGUGGUUCAAGAACCGCAGAGCCAAGCACUCCAGGCUGCAGGGACUGCCUAAUGGACGAGGUCGGGGAGCCUGCGCCGUGCCCAUGGACCAAGACCCCCCCACCCCUGAAUCUGUCCUAGACCCUGUCCCCACCUGGGCCCGGGUUCCUGUCCCUGCUGGCCCUGCUUUCCCAGGGGACCCAGGCAUCUCCAGCUCCCCUGUGCACAGCCCCGCGUUGACCCCUCAGGCAGCAGAGCCCAGUGUCUCCAGCCUCGGGCCCACCAGGCAGGUCCCUGGGCAGGGCUCCCAGGGACACAUCCCCGCUGCCCAGGCCCCUGUCCCAGCCCUGGACCCGACUAGGCCUCAGGGCUCCUCCGCCUCGGACUUCCCGCCUGACCCCAUGCUGGCCCCCGAUUUCACAGAGCUCCUCUCGCCCCGAGACCCCUUGGAGGGACCUCCUUUCCCCCUGAUGUCUGGAUACUAA